AUGAACAAUGGAGAAGAGUCAAGUGUGGCCGUGGGUUCAUGGGACGUGAGAUGGGGAGUGGGUACAACGAGACUACUAAGCCGAGACUCAAGAGCUAGACCUCACUCCCCCGUAGACACUGUUGAGCUGGCGCCGACCCUGCUACCCGGUAACCCGUCGCCGCCCUCGCCACCCGGUAAUCCGCCGCCGUCACCACCCGGUAACCCGCCGUCGUCACCACCCGGUAACCCGCCGCCGCCACCCGGUAACCCGCCGCCUCCACCCGGUAAUCCGCCUCCGUCACCCGGUAACCCGCGCAUCACCGCCGCCCGCUCACCAGCAAGAUAUACCUCAACGGCCGAUCAAAGUACAUAUAAUUUUGGUACCAGAGACCGUGAGGAGCCAGCACCGUGGGACACAGGUACCAGGGACCGCGAGGAGCCAGCACCGUGGGACACAGGUACCAGGGACCACGAGGAGCCAGCACCGUGGGACACAGGUACCAGGGACCGCGAGGAGCCAACACCGUGGGACACAGGUACCAGGGACCGCGAGGAGCCAGCACCGUGGGACACAGGUACCAGGGACCACGAGAAGCCAGCACCGUGGGACACAGGUACCAGAGACCGCGAGGAGCCAGCACCGUGGGACACAGGUACCAGGGACCGCGAGGAGCCAGCACCGUGGGACACAGGUACCAGGGACCGCGAGGAGCCAGCACCGUGGGACACAGGUACCAGGGACCGCGAGGAGCCAGCACCGUGGGACACAGGUACCAGAGACCGCGAGGAGCCAGCACCGUGGGACACAGGUACCAGGGACCGCGAGGAGCCAGCACCGUGGGACACAGGUACCAGGGACCACGAGGAGCCAGCACCGUGGGACACAGGUACCAGAGACCGCGAGGAGCCAGCACCGUGGGACACAGGUACCAGAGACCGCGAGGAGCCAGCACCGUGGGACACAGGUACCAGGGACCGUGAGGAGUCAACACCGUGGGACACAGGUACCAGAGACCGCGAGGAGCCAGCACCGUGGGACACAGGUACCAGGGACCGCGAGGAGCCAGCACCGUGGGACACAGGUACCAGGGACCGCGAGGAGCCAACACCGUGGGACACAGGUACCAGGGACCGCGAGGAGCCAGCACCGUGGGACACAGGUACCAGGGACCACGAGGAGCCAGCACCGUGGGACACAGGUACCAGAGACCGCGAGGAGCCAGCACCGUGGGACACAGGUACCAGGGACCGCGAGGAGCCAGCACCGUGGGACACAGGUACCAGGGACCGCGAGGAGCCAGCACCGUGGGACACAGGUACCAGGGACCGCGAGGAGCCAGCACCGUGGGACACAGGUACCAGAGACCGCGAUGAGCCAGCACCGUGGGACACAGGUACCAGGGACCGCGAGGAGCCAGCACCGUGGGACACAGGUACCAGGGACCACGAGGAGCCAGCACCGUGGGACACAGGUACCAGAGACCGCGAGGAGCCAGCACCGUGGGACACAGGUACCAGAGACCGCGAGGAGCCAGCACCGUGGGACACAGGUACCAAGGACCGUGAGGAGUCAACACCGUGGGACACAGGUACCAGAGACCGCGAGGAGCCAGCACCGUGGGACACAGGUACCAGGGACCGCGAGGAGCCAGCACCGUGGGACACAGGUACCAGGGACCGCGAGGAGCCAGCACCGUGGGACACAGGUACCAGAGACCGCGAGGAGCCAGCACCGUGGGACACAGGUACCAGGGACCGCGAGGAGCCAGCACCGUGGGACACAGGUACCAGGGACCGCGAGGAGCCAGCACCGUGGGACACAGGUACCAGGGACCGCGAGGAGCCAGCACCGUGGGACACAGGUACCAGGGACCGCGAGGAGCCAACACCGUGGGACACAGGUACCAGGGACCGCGAGGAGCCAGCACCGUGGGACACAGGUACCAGGGACCGCGAGGAGCCAGCACCGUGGGACACAGGUACCAGGGACCACGAGGAGCCAGCACCGUGGGACACAGGUACCAGGGACCGCGAGGAGCCAGCACCGUGGGACACAGGUACCAGGGACCGCGAGGAGCAACGCAGGUACCUAAGGUAUCGCCUUAGACAGUCUAACUUCUCUCUCCAGCGUCGCGUGUCUCGCAAGUCUAGAAGAGGAUCAACAGGAGGAUCUGGUAACAUUAGUUAUACGUAA